AUGGCACCAUCCCGUGCAUCCUGUUUUUAUAAUAUUCCAUUCCACCAUCUUGUUCUUAAAGAUCAUCUGAAGAAACAGAAUCAGCAACUGCACACAUUUUCUAAUUUCCUGUUUCAACUGAAUUCAGCCUUGGAAGAACUCCAAUCUGAGGUCAACUUUUUAACUCUGAGAAGAAAGUUAAUAAAUCUUGUCAACGAAGAAAAUCUCAUCAAAUUGAAAAAGGAUAAUGACAAAUUGAAAACUCUCAUACAAGGCCUUUUCAAGGAAAUAAAUUUAUUUGAACGUUUCAAGCCAAUUUCGUGUUUAGACAACAAAAUACUGAACGAAAUUAGGCCUCAGAUCGUGGAUAACAAUGCAGAACAAAAUAACAAAAAGAGCAGUCACUACGCCGAAAACAAGUUCGCUAAUAUCGUUAAAGAUGACAACAAUAAUGAUGAAGAUGGUGCAAAAAAACGUGAUAUUCAAAAGGAAAGAAAAGCAGAAGAUGCGAAAAACGAAGGCGCUUCGUUGACAUUUUUAGCGAAACGACCGGUAACUCCAUCAUCAGAAACUACUCAAACAGAAAUAACAGCUGGUAAUCAAAGUGCAGUCGUCUCUGCAACAGCCAGUAUGGAUUCUGAGUCCUAUCCAACAGAAUUGCCAGAAUCUGAACCGCCGGCUGAAGGUUCUAUAGAGGUCGCGAGUAUUGAAACUGUUGAUAACAACUGUAGUGAAAUUUUGACAGAUAUUGCUGUGGCCAGCGAAUUUGACAGAAACCAUGCGUAA